ACAUAUCGUCAGAGGCCUUUCGUCGUUCAAAGACAGCAUAUCUGUACGUUUAUCGCCCAGACCUUUAUUUACGAUCCAUAAAAUCCGACGACUCUUGGAUACACGAAAUCAUUUCUCAAUAGUGAUUUGACGUCAAACGCCGGAAAAUAUUUCGUGGAACUUGCUUCGCGAGGAGUUCCCUGCAGAGUGGAAAUCGACAGAAAAUGACACUCUUGGACCUGGCAAGAUGAAAGUAGUUUAUGACAAAAACGCAAACGAGAUUCGUGCGACGUUCGUAAAUGGACCGAAAGAUGUUUGGAUAACAGCACUUAUCAAACCGACUGACAACGCCUACUGUCCUAAGACCCUCGAAGAUGCUGAGAAUCUUUUUCUAUAUAAUCAAAAUUAUGUUCAACGAUCCAAUACUGCAUACAAAGCGUCAAAGAAUGCCGAAAAGCUAAUGACCAUCCCAAAACCAAUUACUGGUUGUUAUUAUUUCAAUAUAACGGAUGAAAACGGCACCAAUUGGUUAUACGGCGGUCAAUUUUACAAUACGUCCAAUCCUCACAUCGAUCCUCACCCGAAAUGCAAACUAGAGUACUAUCCCCCUGGUGACACGACGAAAGAAAGUGUAAACAUUCGUGUGACGGUACCGACAUUGUGCCGCACGCUAGCAUUAUGCGUGAUAAGCCAUAACGGAAGCAGAACCGGAGAGGAAUGCGACUGGCCUCGAAUGGUGGAACAGUUUGAAAGGGACACGUGGGACGACUGUGAAGAUACAGUUUUGGGAGACGAAUGGACUAACUGUACGCUUCGUGAGCAGUCCUCGAAACUUCAAGCGAAACAAUAUAUACGUCUGAACCAUUCAGAAUGGAUAGUGGAUGUUACACGGGAAGAAGAAAGCGAAUGCAAUUCUAAUCGUAGUUAUUACGUGUCGAUUUACACGAUCAUUGGUCAAUGCAGAUUUCAAAAUAAACCAGUGGACUAUUAUCGUUGGCAACCUUUUAUCUCUGACGAAGUGUUCCGCUUUACUCCUCCACGUGCCUGCAAUUACCAGCCAACAGAAGAUAGCCCCUAUUCCCUCGAACUUGUUGCGACUAUUCUUCCCUACGUCGCACUGGGUGCCAUUUUAGUAGGAAUACUACUUCAUUGGAUCAGGAAGUACAACUAUUUGAUAGCUGUAGAUAAGCUCAAUAAAGAAAGACACAACGGAAAGUCGCAAAGAGCUCCGGAACAGAGUGAUGACGGAGCAUCGAAGGGAAUUUUGUUGGUUUAUACCAAGGGUUCGCUGUCGUUCAUGGAUAAAAUGGAAAAUUUUCGAAAUUAUUUGAGGCUUGCUUGUGGCUGCAGGGUUUACGACUUGCAGUCGCAGGAAGACGAGGAUGACGUUGCAACAUACGGAGCUACAGAAUGGAUUGGCAAGUUGUUACUGAAUGGCAGCAAAGUAAUUUUCGUUGACACCCCGGAGUUCCGUUCUAUGGUCAAUGGAAUCGAAUCUGACACAGCGGAAGAACGCGAACCGGUUGUUGACUCGCGUGAUCUUGCGUUGCGAUACGCUGUUGAGUCAGCUAAGAACGUCCAAGAUCCCUCGACUCAAUAUUGCCAGCACUUUGUUGUUCGUUGGGACGAAAUAAAAACUACCGACGACUGGAAUGACCCAUUAUCGUUGAUCGCACCUCACAUUCGUUUCAAUCUUCCGGAGAAUUUCGGUACUUUGUGCGAGUACAUCCGCAACUCAAUGGGUACAAAAUUCAACUACCAUGUAGUUGACGUCCCAAAUGCUGCUGAAGCUUCAUACGAGCAAAGUAUCUCACAGGAUUGUCCACGAGCGCUAUUGGUUCCGUUUCGUCAAAAAUACUACUAACUGUAAUAAGUAAAUCUAUUAUGAUUGUGCUCACUGAAAUGAUGCAUAAGGUUGCAGAAAAACUUUGAAAUAAAUUAGUAAUGGCAAUGAUACUGUGUUGCCAAGAAAAUGUGAAGGUAUUAUUUAAUCGGCUAUGGAUUAGGUUUACAAAAAGUUUUGAAGUGCUCAAUAUUACUUUGCCUUAUGUUAUAGCCGUUGUUCUCAGUGGAUUAAUACUUCAGGACGUUUCUUCGGUUCUUCGUGAAAAAAAUGUAUCACAUAUCUUAAUUUCAACGUACAUUCUUGAUGUAAUGUUAAAACUAAGUAAUAUAGAUAAUGUGUACUCAAUCAUUUCAAUUAAAAUGAUAAUUUCAACAAUAUAACGGCGACGAUAGCAAAUUUGUCACCUUCGUGAUUUUGUGCCAUGUAGGAUACUUGAAAAGAAACAAAGACGAAUUGCGGGUGGGUAAAACUUCAAAACGACGAAGACAUAACAAGUAACUUAACCGAGUUCCCUUAUUGAGAAAUGUAUUCGGUGUUUCAAUUCGUUUUGACUGAUGAACUUACGGACACAGUGCUGAAAUAAAAAACCGUUUUCGUCAGCUAGCCCGCGAUAAGAGUUGAGUUGCCACACCGAAUACAUUUCUCAGUAACUAAACUCCUACUAGGAUUACAUAUUCCAAGGCAAAUUAUGGCUAAUUCACGUAUCAAAAUAUGCCUGAUUCGGAAUGAACUUCGAUGUUUACUGCUUUCACUGCAAAAAGUACACCUGUAUAUAAGGCAUUCUAGUUUUGCGGCCAAAAUAACAUAUUUUCCAAUCAACAAUUGUUAUUCGUUUAUAAAACUUAUAUACUUAGGAUUCGAAUUUCCUCUACAAUAUGUAUUGAUUUCAAACAACAAUGCCUGACGAGUGA